ACCUGCUGCAUAAACGUACCAUAUUCAGGAGGAACAGUUGUACAAUAAAAUCGGACACUUAAAGACAAAAAUGGAAGAGGCUAAGGCAAUCAUUAAAGAAAAAAUCAGUAGCAAGAAAGUGAUGGUAUUUUCUAAACCUUAUUGCCCAUACUGUAAAAUGGCAAAAGGUGUGUUGAAGAAGUAUGUAGGGAAGGAAUUAAAUAAUGGAAAUUACGAGGUAUGGGAGAUAGACAGAGCACCUAAUUGUUAUCAGUUACAACAGGCAUUGAAGAAAAUGACGGGAGCACAAUCGGUACCCCGCGUGUUCAUCAACGGAAGAUGUAUCGGUGGUGGAACAGAAACGCAAGAUCUGGAAAAACGUGGACAGCUUGCCAAAAUGCUCAGGUCAACAGAACAAACACAGCUUAAAAUGUGAAACUGUCGGUUUUUAUAUGUGAAUACCUCCUGCAUAUAAUGUUUGAAAUUUCAUGUAAAAAUACAUUUUAUACAAAAAGAAAAAAAUGUGAUUGAUAACUGACCAGCAAUUAAAAAGGUCCAUAUCUAUGUAUAUGAAUACUCUCGUAUAUCAGAUGUCAAAAUAAUGACACCAGAAGUACGUCUCGGCUAUAGGUUCGUCUCGGCACUAGGUUCGCCGCGAAAGUAGGUUAGUCUUGGGACUACGUCAAACAUCAAGAGGAUGAGAAUGGUCAGUUCUCUCUGUUAACAAUACUAUUUAUUCUACGUUGUACAUCCUUUCAUAUCAUGAUUUACAUUUGUAGUUAAAAUGCUUCUUUAAAUAUCCUAUUUUUUUCCAGUUAAAGUGUUUAUAUACAUGUACAUAUAUUUAUCUAGUUCUUGAAAUGUUGAGACUUUGCUCGAAAUUCGUUUAGAUGAAAGAGAAAUAAGCGGACUUCAACGCAGCAACGUAGUUCUUAUUAUUUAAUUUUGUAUCAUUUGUUUACAAUAAAUAAAUUGUCUAACAGUUUUCAAUAAAAA